ACGUGUGCUGCGGCUAACGGCUGAGAGCCGCUUGCUGUGUCAACAUAAACUAACGCGAGGGGUCUCUUCGGUUUUCAGACGACGAUGAGGCGAGGCGAGUGUGCGUCAUUACUUAGGCUUCUCCUGGCAGCUGUGCUGGGGGCCCAGCUAUGCAGUGCCCUGUCGCUCUCUACAUAUUUUGGUCCCGAAGACAAAGCCCGCCUCAAGAGCCUCUUCACGUCGCCCAAGGCCCUGGCAGACUUGCCAUCGGCGCACUAUGCAGCGUAUGGAUUGAGCCUUCUGGGUGAAAAGAUUACAAACCCUCAGGAUUACUGCAAAGUCUUGAAAACUGUUGAUCAAAAGAACCUUGAGGCCCUCUACCAUGCGGCAUCUGGCAGCAAAGUUCUUGGCAACUGCCCUCUGGACAUUCCAGAGGGCAAGGCAACGCUGCAGGCUGCAUUGAAGGAGGACUCCUCCGUAGUGCAGCUUUAUCACGCAGUUUUGGCACUGAAAGCUCUCGGUGUAUCAGUGGACUCUUCGAAGGUCAGCCAGCUUCUGCUUUCCGCCCUCAAGAAAGACGACAACAUGGUCAACCUGGGCUAUGCAUUCCACGUGGCUUCAGUCUUGGGUGGAAACCUCACCCCAUUCACGGACCGCAUCGAGGAUGCCAUUGUGCAAGCUGACGAAGUGGGCAGCGACCUCCUUCAGUUCGAGGGAGGCCUCAGUGUCACUGCUACAAUCCUGAGCGGUGUUUAUCGUCUUGCCGAAGCUGCCAAGAAGGCUCCGACCGUCACCAAGGAGCAAGUGCUGAAGUUUGCGAACUACCUGCUGUCCCGCAAGAACGUCCAGCCGGUCAAGGGAGCGGCCCUUCUGUACGACGUGCUCAAGCUCCUCGCAACAAACUCGUACCACGUUCCCGUGGCAACCAGCCUGUCUGGCUCUGGCGCCCUGAGCAAGGCCUCGCCCACCGUUGUUGUGCAAGUGACGGACGUCCUGGGCUCGCCUCUGGGUCCCCUCUCUGUGCUGCUAAACAAGGGUCGUCUGCUUGACAGCCAAGUUGUGAUGGAGAGGAAACCGUUCGCUCCGGCCAAGGAGGACCCGUCUCUCUAUGUGUUCAACUUUGUGUCGAACAAGCCACGUCGGGGCUUCUACCAGCUAUCUAUUAACGCUGUUCCUGUCAAGGCUGACAGUCGUCUUGUUGGAAACACUGAUGCUGAGCUCGGCGUGAAAGUGCUGACUGAUGUGGAAGUGGUUGGACUCGAGCUUGGCACUGCUGACCGGGACCAGACAGCUGCUCCUCAGAUGACUCCGGUGGCUUUCCGUAGCAAGAUGGGCCAGGUCGUGGAGGCGGACCACCACCAGAAGCUGGUGAUGAAGUUUUCGCUCAAGGAUGUCUCCAACGGGGACAUCAUGUCGGCGCACCAGGUCUUCGUGCACCUCUACCAUGUAGAGACCAAGCGCGAGAUUGUCUUCCUGGCCGAGCCAGACACGAGCGUUGUCUACCGCUUUGACGGAGGUGGUAGCAGAGGUUUCAUCGCUAAGUGCGUUAUGUGGGCUUUUGUGUGUACUCUAUUCAUGUUUGCGAAGUCGUUUAGCGUCUUCAGGCCUCAGCGAUUGAUAGCAAUAGCAAAAUUUUUGCCAGCAGUGGCAUCAUGGUCGCAUUGGAGCGUCUUUCUUUUUCUCCAGGCUUCCUUGCAGCUAACCCUGCCGCCAAACCCAUCGCCCCCGAAACCUACUGUCGACGUGUAUGCUCCAAAGCCAGAAAUCAAGCAUCUGUUCAGGGAGCAGGAGAAGCGUCCGCCGGUGUUACUCUCGAACGCAUUUUGCGGCCUGGUCCUGGUUCCCCUACUGCUGCUGAUUGUGCUGUGGAUACGCAUCGGAGUGAACUUGUCCAACUUCCCCUUCAGUCUGAGCACCAUCGUGUUUCACCUGGGUUUGGCAGCCAUCUUCGGCCUGUUUUGUUGCUUCUGGCUACGGCUCAACAUGUUCACAACACUCAAGUACCUGGCCGGGCUGGGCACAGUCACCUUCAUCUCGGGCCAUGGCAUGCUCACACAGCUCACGCAGAAGAAGUAGAGGUAGAUCAUAUAAAUGGAAGUCAUCGGAAGCAAGGGACAGGGAAGGCAUCAUUCCUUUUUUUUUUUCUUACUUUAUAGUGUGCAGGUGGGGAAGCUGCAUGUGUCGUGUGCAAGGACAUUUUUCAUUCCAUGGGUCUCUGUUUUCAUGAGUGUAUGGCUGUGCCAUUUCUUUAUGAGCUUGUAUAGUAGUACGGUGAGUGACAGUGUGCUUCAUCGCUGGAACACUCUUGCAAAUGUUUUUGUUACUUUGUAUUUGGUUGUUUUUCCUGUUUUAUUUCAUGCCUCUGUGGCCGCUUAGUAAAGUGAUUGAGAAAGCUCAUGGUUUUUUUUUCUAAAUUUUUUUUUCACUCACACUAUCUGUCUGCCAUGUUGAAGACCUGUAAUAAAAAGUUCUUUUUCAGACAAUACAA